UAUAUUAAAAUAUUUAAUGGCUGAAUAGGUUUAGAUGUUAUAAAGUAAGAUUGAAGAAGAGUCCAAACAUCUUUAGACUUUACAAAGAGAAAUGUAAAAGUAUGUUGAAGGUAUUCACUUCUACUCUAAUUGAAGGCAGACAAAAACUCAUAGAGUAAUCUCAUGAAAAUGAAAUGGUCAAAAAAGAACUUGAUCUACUUGAACCAGAAGCAAAAGUAUACAAACUUAUUGCUAGUGUUUUGGUAAUCAAUAGUUGCAUUAACUUUUAAAGGUUUCAUAAACUCUCCAAGAGUCUAAAGAGAAUGUGAGUAAAAGAUUAGAUUUUAUUGGAAAAGAAUUCAAAAAAGUAGAGGACUUAAUUAAAGAGAAUACAAACAAGCAAAUUGCUAAGAAAACAUCAAUCUAAAAAAUGCAAGAAUAACUCUAUUAAAUUGUUUAAGCAUAUUAACAAUCCUUAAAUAAAUGAGAAUGUAAAAUUUGUUCUAAAUACAUAUAUAUAAAUUUUAAAUAAUG